CGACCAUCUCCCAGUCCCAUCUCACACAUCCUCCUUGCCGACGACAUCAAGUCAUCUUCAUCGGCCGGUCUGCUCCCCUUAUUCCUGUCUACCGAGCCCCACACUCCCCACCGCAUGGCCCAACAACCUCCUUCAUCAUGCCACCUCCGCUCAUGCGCUUUCCAAAUGCGCACGCGCUGCCCUCCAUCUUCCCGCCAGUCCUGCCCGACAUGAGCCCGGACAGCAUCGCGGCAGCAGCGAGCGCAUACCGCCAGCCCGCGCCGCCGCCCCAGCUGCCCCUCCUCCAGCUCCCGGGGAGACAUCAGGAGCCGCUCAACCGGACCGGUGACGCUUCUGGUCCGAGCUGUCCCGUUCACCGCAGAUGGCCGGACCGAGGCGUCCACAACACGGAGCGCACGGCAAAUCUUAGCGAUGACGAGCUCGAGACGAUUGUCGAGGACGUGGCCGUGCUGGUCCGUCGCGAAUACGACACCUGGGUCGAGUCGUGCUGGACCGAGGCCUUUCACCACGUCUUCACGCGCACUAUCCCCACCUUUAUCAUUAGCCUGAUCCUCGCAGGCGCCUCGCCGUCAUUUAUGAGGCGACAGAUUGUGCACGGCGGCCCGGCGCUCGACCAAAUAUUUAUGGCCGACAUGCUCGACCACUUGUAUGCCGAACUCGAGCGCCGGCUGUCUGGGCGUCUCGUGCCAGCCGAUCUCGCUCACAGGGGCGAGAGCUCGGCCAUGGCCACGGCCGCAGCAGCGAUCGGGGCGGGCGGCCUGGGUGCACAGCCCAACGUCACCGCCGGGCUCCCUCGGGACGGUGUCUGCGCCCACGACCUCGGCCCACCCCACGGCGCGCCCGGCGAGGACGACGACCAUGCCAGGUGUCUCUGCCAGCUUCUGGCGUGCCCAGAUUGUCUCCAUGCGGCGGUUGCGGUCCGAAAGGCACCCGUUGCCCUCCUCCCUUUCGAGCUGGCCGACAGCCCCGUUGCGGAAGGCUGGGCUGGCCAGAUUGAGACGCAGGCGCAGGCGCGCGAGCGCGAGGAGCGCUCGUCUCUCAAGGCCGGACUGUCAGAACCGGUGGGAGUCGAUGCUCUGCCCAGCGGACAGGGCUUUGUGCAUAACCCGAAGCGCGCGCCGACGCCCGUGUCCGACCCGCGGCGCCCGCCCAUAUUCGCCCAUCCUCAAAUGACCGACGUGUUAGCCGUUGAGGAGCACCUGCGAUGGCGUCUCAAGGAGCUCGGCGCGGCUGACCCGUCGGUGGAGAGCCGUUACGGCCCUAGUACGAAUGCGGCUGCUGCCCUGGAGGGCCUCGAGGCGGCGCUCAACCUCGACGAUGACGACGGGUCCGAGGCAGGCGCCGCGACAGCCAAUGGUGGCAAGAAUGGUGGCCGCAAGAUGACCUCAGGACGGACCAAGGCGCGGUUGAACAAGACGGUCAAGGUGCCGCCCAAGGUCGCCAAGCCGGUGGUGCGCAAGGUGUACUUGCCUCAGGAGUGGGCAGAGGCCGAUCCUGCUGUGCGCAACAUGGCUGUCGUGUUGACAUUUCGGCACUUUGUCAAGCUCCUGCACAAGACAGCCACUACGACUUCGCCGUUCACGUACGGUGCGUACGCCGCCGACAUUGAGGCACUGCAGAGCGUCCACCCCGUUGCGCUGUACCGGCGCCUUACCGAGGCUGCCGCGACGCGCAAGGGCAGGCCGCUGGGCGAGGGGCGCAAGUGGGUCGAGUGCAUGGACAAGUGGACCGAGGAGUUUGGCGCGCGUGAGAAGGCGGCUGGGAACGUGUCUGUCAACAACCAGGAGCAUGCCAACGCCGUGGACCGGUACACGCGCGCGAUCAGCCUCGACGGCAAGAAGACGGUCUACUACUCGAACCGCGCUGUCGCGCACAACCACUUAGGCAACCACGAGCUGGCCGAGCUCGACUGCCAGCACAUUCUCAACAAGGACGCCAAGAACUCGAAGGCCUUCUACCAGCGCGCGGUCGCCCGCAAGGGCCUGCAGCGCUGGCGCGACGCCGAGGCGGACCUGAAGCAGGUGCUGCGUCUGCAGCCCGGCAACGAGGCGGCCAAGAACCUGUUGGCGGCCAUCAAGCCCGAGGUGGCCAAGCUGCCGCGGCAGCGGCUCGAGGAUGUGCUUAAUUUCUAGCUAGGCAUAUUGUAGGCGUACUCGUAGCGUAUGCGUAGCCUGUGUGCGGGAUGCACCCGUGUCGUGG